ACAACAUUCGACAAAGGUUUUAUUCUUUAGCGGAGUGAACGGCAGAACAUGAAUUAUUGAUGUCCCAGCGCUGAGCUGUGAGCGCGCGCGAGGGCGCACCGGUGUCAUUCGCUUCUGCCUCUCCGUAGCGAACAGUCGGUGAGAGUUCUCGUGUUGGAGGAGGAAUUUGGGGAGUGGAAAUACCACUGUUUCUUUCUCAGCUUGCGUCAAGAGCAGUGACUGACUCCUCUGACAUUUUUACUUGGCGGUCAGUAGCAUUGCAUCGAAAGCUGGAGACUCGCGGGCAGCAUUAAAGCAGAAGACUUCCAGACUCAGCCGUUGAACUGUUCGGGCUAUUGCUUCAUUUUCUUACGCCUUGUUUGUUUUUUUGGUGAGCAGAUCGCGAGUAUCUGCGAUAUUGAUCACUGGAAGUGGCUCUGUUUCUUUCCACUUCUUAUUUUUUUUAAGAACAGUUUAUCGACACCGAACUGUAAACAGCCGUGCCGUUUUUGAACGACUGGGUUCCGUGGAGUCGUCGUCGCACACAUUUGGAUUAUUUUAUGGGAAAUGGCAAGUUUUUAGGGAGUGAAGCUGGACUUGCGGAGGAGACAAGACACAGCGGUUAAUAGGCACAGGAUGCUGGCGACCUAAAGAAUUCUAUCGAAUUUCCCCCACUUUUAAGACAUUUUGUCGCUCUGUAGGCUAAGCCAAAAGGAUUUGACAGGGAUUUUUGUUAGUCUUUUUUUUUAUAGGAUGUAUGUAUUUUACAACCUAAUGAUGCAUUGUGGAUUUCUGUUGUUCUUUUUCACCCAAAUCAUCUUUGUUGCUUCCUUGACACAAAGUGAUAAAUGUGGAGAUAACAUUGAAAUAACGACCGCAGACUAUCUUACUUCGCCUGGAUAUCCUACGGCGUAUCCACCGUCACAGCAGUGCGUGUGGGUGAUUCAAGCUCCGGAGCCAGGACAGAAGAUUCUCAUAAACUUCAACCCGCAUUUCGACCUGGAAGACAGGGAUUGCAAGUAUGACUACGUGGAGGUGUUUAACGGUGGGGACGAGAAGGCCCCCACGCUGGGGAAGUUCUGUGGGAAGAUCGCCCCCACCCCCAUCAUCUCCAGCGGCGGCCAGCUGCUCAUCAAGUUUGUGUCCGACUACGAGACUCACGGAGCUGGGUUCUCCGUUCGCUACGAGGUCUUCAAGACAGGUCCUGAGUGUUCCAGGAACUUCACCGCCUCCAGAGGAGUGAUUAGGACCCCAGGCUUCCCCGACAAGUACCCCAACAACCUGGACUGCACCUUCAUGAUCUUCGCCCCCAAGAUGGCAGAAAUUCUGGUGGAGUUCGACAGCUUCGACAUGGAGCCUGACACGACUCCGCCCCCAGGGGCCAUCUGCCGCUACGAUUGGCUGGAAAUCUGGGACGGCUAUCCCACAGUGGGCCCCCACAUCGGGCGCUACUGUGGCCAGAGUUCCCCGGGCCGUGUCAUCUCCUACACGGGCAUCCUGUCCAUGACCAUUACCACGGACAACGCCAUCGCCAAGGAGGGCUUCUCUGCCAACUACACGGUCCGCGAGCGGCCUGAGGCCUCGGAGCACUUCGCGUGUGUGGAAGCUAUGGGUAUGGAGUCAGGGGAGAUCACUUCUGACCAGAUCAGCGCUUCUUCACAGUACAACCCCAACUGGGCGCCGGAGCGAUCACGUCUCAACUACAAGGAGAACGGAUGGACGCCUUCGGACGACUCCGCCAGGGAGUGGAUACAGGUGGAUCUGGGGUUCCUGCGCUUCAUCUCGGCCGUGGGCACGCAGGGAGCCAUCUCCAAGGAGACCAAGAAGCACUACUUUGUGCGCUCCUACAAGGUGGACGUGAGCUCCAACGGAGACGACUGGAUCACCGUGAAGGAGGGCUCCAGGCAGAAGAUCUUCCCGGGGAACGACAACCCCACGGACGAGGCGCGCAGCUUCCUGCCCAAGCAGACGCUGGCUCGCUACGUCCGCGUCAGGCCCAUAUCCUGGGAGCAGGGCAUCUGCAUGCGCUUCGAAGUGUACGGCUGCAGGACCUCAGACUACCCGUGCUCGGGGAUGCUAGGCAUGCUCUCCGGCCAGAUUGCCGACGGCCAGAUCAGCGCCUCGUCUCACGCCGAGCGGGACUGGGUGGCGGAGAACGCCCGCCUGCUGACGGGGCGUGCGGGCUGGACCGGGCAGCAAACCCGGCAGCCCUUCAGGAACGAGUGGCUGCAGGUGGACCUGGGCCAGGAGAAGGUGCUGACCGGGUUAGUGGUGCAGGGCGGCAGGCACCGGGACAAGAAUGUGUUCAUGAAGAGGUUCAGGGUGGGUCACAGCCUCGACGGGGUGGACUGGACCAUGGUGAAGGAGGAGAACGGAACUAAGCCCAAGACCUUCAUAGGGAACCAGAACCACGACACCCCGGAGCUGCGGGCUCUAGGACCGCUGCGGUCUCGUUUCGUGCGGGUGUACCCAGAGAGAGCCACGACAGAGGGCCUGGGCCUGAGGCUGGAGCUGCUGGGCUGCGACAUCCUGGAGCCCACAACUCUAGCUCCGCCCACCACGGCUGUUGUGACCACGUUCUCUGCGACCACAUUUGGAGCGACCACCAACCCGACCGUGACCGUGUCCGGCUCGACCACGACCACGGAGGGCUGUGACGAGUCCCAGGCCAGCUGCUACGGCAGCACGGAGACGCCAGACCUCCACGACGCCACCGAUGGCACCACGGUAGAUCCUCUUCUGGACAUCAUGCCAGCCUACCUGUGGUUCGCCUGCGACUUCGGCUGGGCAGACAACCCCACCUUCUGUGGUUGGACGCCGGAGGAGGAAACAGGAGCCGAUUGGUUGCUUCAAACCGGCGAAACGCCCCUGUCGCGGAAAGGACCCAGUCUGGACCACACAGGCGAGCCAGGGAACUUCAUCUACGUGCAGCUUCCUGAUGUCAUACAGCUGGACGAGGAGGAGGAGGAGGAGGAGAGACAGAGGGUGGCCAGAGUGGCCAGCCCCCCUGUCACGUCCCCAGACAGCGACCUGUGCUUGUCCUUCUGGUACCACAUGUUCGGAGACCACGCGGGCAGCCUGCGCAUCAAACAGCGCCGGGAGGGGGGCCGGGAGGGGGGCCACGAGGAGGGCCGGGCCGAGGCCGUGCUCUGGACUGUGAGCGGACACCAGGGGAGUCUCUGGAGAGAGGGCCGGGUCUUGGUGCCACGAUCCAGCACGUCCUUUCAGGUGGUGAUUGAAGGAGUGGGCGACAGGAGGAGCACAGGUCACGUUGCUGUGGACAACAUCAAGAUCCUGGAUGGCCUUGAGGACUGUAAAGACAUCAAGCCUACGUUUCCUCCAACCGAGAUCUUCCUUCUGCCUAUGGACACUUACGCCCAGGAGCCCAAUGAGCUUGGGGGUCCGGGCAACAUGCUGAAGACCCUUGACCCCAUCCUCAUCACCAUCAUCGCCAUGAGCGCCCUGGGGGUGUUCCUGGGAGCUAUCUGUGGGGUGGUGCUGUACUGUGCCUGUUCCCAGGGCAGCAUGACGGAGAGGAACUUGUCGGCGCUGGAGAACUACAACUUUGAGCUGGUGGACGGAGUCAAGCUAAAGAAAGACAAGCUGAACACACAGAGUACUUAUUCGGAAGCGUGAGCUCAAGAACCCAUCCUCGUGUGAGCGCGAAGCAGCCAAUCAGAUGGAGGGACAUGGCCUCGUGGAGGGUGGGAGGUUGACUGAGAAUGACUGAGUGGAGAUUUUGUCAGGAGCUGCAGUGAGAGAAAGCUAACUGUAGGGGGCACUGUGUAUAAAAUAUAUGUACAGCAAAGAAAAAAAAUAUUGUUUUGUUUUGUAAGUUUUGCGUGCUUUGUUUUUUGUGUGUGAGUAAUCAGAUGCUGGUGUUGAGACCAAUUAAGAUGAAAGUAUUUAUCUUUUUUUUUUUUUUUUAUUCCUCUGAAAAUCAUUUUUGUUUUUUUUCCAUUUUGUUUUCCUUGUUUCAUGGAAAGAAAUGAAGGUGAACAUUUCGACUCCCUAUCCUACCGUGUGGCUGUUAGGCUGGCCAAGUGACGUGUGUGUGUGGAUGGAUGGAUAUACAUGUUUACGUGUGUGUGUCAGAUGUCUGUAUGUGUGUGUAUGCAGGUGCGUAUGUCUUAUUUGUUUGUGUGUCGUGUGUGUGUCUUCGUCAUUGUGUGGGUCUGUCCUGCGUCAUUGUGUGUGAGUGUGUGCUUCAUUCCUGUGUGUGUGUGUGUGUGUGUGUGCUUCAUUCCUGUGUGUGUGUGUGUG